AUGUCCUCCCACCUCAACCCACCCCUUCUCAUCCUCCCCAUCUUCUUUCUGCUCCUCUCCCUCUCCAUGCCCUCCACGUCCACUCCUUCCUCCUCCUCCUCCUCCGCCACCCUCCUCUCCUUCUCCCCACCCGAAGGAGGUCUCACGCAUUUGGUGGUCCACAACAAAACCGGCGAGGUCUACUUGGGUGCUGUCAACUGGAUCUACAAGUUGUCCAGCAACCUCACCAAGCUACGAAGCCAUGUUACCGGCCCUGUGACAGACAACCCUCGCUGUUAUCCUCCACCCGGUGUCCAGUCCUGCCCACACGAGCUGGUGCAGACCUCUAAUGUCAAUAAACUCCUGCUACUUGAUGCUGCUCACAACCGCUUAAUUGCCUGCGGGAGUACCUCCCAGGGAAUAUGUCAGUUCCUGCGUCUGGAUGAUUUGUUCAAGCUGGGUGAGCCCCACCAUCGUAAAGAGCAUUAUCUAUCCAGUGUUGCUGAAGCAGGCACCAUGUCAGGUGUUGUGAUCUCCCCGGAUCUUUUCGGUGAAGGUGGAAAACUUUUCGUCGGCACUCCCAUCGACGGGAAAUCUGAGUACUUCCCAACGCUGUCCAGCCGCAAGUUGAUGUCUAAUGAGGAGAAUGCAGACAUGUUCAGCUUUGUCUACCAGGAUGAGUUUGUUUCCUCGCAACUCAAGAUUCCCUCAGACACACUCUCCAAGUUUCCAGCAUUUGAUAUCUACUACAUCUACGGCUUCAACAGUGAGCAGUUUGUAUAUUAUCUCACCUUACAGCUUGACACCCAGCUCACUUCACCAGAUGCAAGCAGCGAACAGUUCUUCACCUCUAAAAUCGUUCGCCUGUGUGUUGACGAUCCCAAGUUCUACUCCUAUGUUGAGUUCCCCAUUGGCUGCACUAAGGACGGAGUGGAAUACCGCUUGGUUCAGGAUGCUUAUUUAGCCCGGCCAGGGACCCGUUUGGCACGUUCGCUUGGUAUUCAAGAGCACGAGGAGGUUCUGUUUACUGUAUUUGCCCAGGGUCAGAAGAACAGAGCCAAGCCGCCCAAGGAGUCGGCUUUGUGUCUGUUCACAAUGAGACGGAUAAAGGAGAAGAUUAAAGAGAGGAUUCAGUCGUGCUACAGAGGAGAGGGGAAACUCUCCCUGCCCUGGCUGCUCAACAAGGAGCUGGCCUGCAUCAACUCGCCGUUGCAGAUAGAUGAUAACUUCUGCGGCCAGGACUUCAACCAGCCUCUAGGGGGCACCACCGCCAUCGAGGGCAUCCCACUUUACGUGGACAAGGACGAUGGCAUGACCUCUGUGGCAGCCUAUGACUACCGCGGACACACCGUGGCGUUCACGGGCACUCGCAGCGGACGCAUGAAGAAGAUUCUCGUGAACUCUGUUACUCAGCCUGCUUUGUUGUAUGAGAAUGUGGUGGUGAGCAAUGGGAGCCCAAUCCUUAGAGAUCUGCUCUUCAGCCCGGAUCAUCAGUACUUAUACGCCCUCACCGACAAACAGGUUACACGUGUACCAGUGGAGAGCUGUGAGCAGUACACCUCCUGUGGAGCCUGUCUGGGAUCAGGAGACCCUCACUGUGGCUGGUGUGUGCUGCACAAUGUAUGUUCGAGGAAGGAUCGCUGUGAGCGAGCAGAGGAACCCCAGCGUUUUACCACCAGAGUGGAGCAGUGCGUCCGACUUUCCGUCCAACCUGACACCGUCUCUGUCACCAUGUCCGAAGUGCAGCUGGUACUUCAGGCCCAGAAUGUUCCCAGUCUGUCCGCUGGAGUCAACUGCUCGUUUGAGGACUAUGUAGAGACAGAAGGACGCAUCUACAGUGGACGAAUCUUCUGCCUGUCCCCUUCUACAAAAGAGGUCGCCCCCAUCACACGAGACCAGGGUGAUCAGCGUGUAAUAAAGUUGUAUCUGAAGUCGAAGGAGACAGGAAAGAAGUUUGCCAGCGUGGACUUUGUGUUCUACAACUGCAGCGUCCACCGAUCGUGCCUGUCCUGUGUUAAUGGAAGCUUCCCCUGUCACUGGUGCAAAUAUCGCCACAUGUGCACGCAGGAUGCCAGCGACUGCUCCUUCCAGGAGGGACGAGUCAACACCUCCAAGGAGUGUCCUCAGAUCCUGUCCUCCACCCAGAUCUAUAUCCCCGCUGGAGUUAUGAGGCCAAUCACCCUGCUGGCCCAGAACCUGCCCCAGCCUCAGUCUGGACAGAGGAACUACGAGUGUAUUUUCCACAUCCAGGGCAACACGCACAGCGUCCCAGCUCUGAGGUUCAACAGCUCCAGUAUACAGUGUCAGAAGACCACGUAUGACUACGAGGGCAGCGACAUCAGUGACCUGCCAGUCGACCUCUCCGUGGUGUGGAAUGGAAACUUUGUCAUUGACAACCCCUCCAACAUUCAAGCCCACCUGUACAAGUGCAGAGCGUUGCGGGACAGCUGUGGUAUGUGCCUGAAGGCUGACCCCAGGUUUGAAUGUGGUUGGUGCAUCCAGGACAAGAAGUGCUCACUCAGGCAGGAGUGUACCGGCGGAGGAAAUUCCCACCUCCCACUGCAGCUGGCUGAAGGUGGAGGGUGGAUGCACGCCACCUCCGGAAACAGCCGCUGCACCCACCCGAAGAUCACUAAGUUGUUCCCUGAGACGGGGCCUCGCCAAGGGGGGACCAUGGUGACCAUCCAGGGGGAGAACCUGGGUCUGCAUUUCAGAGACAUCCAGAUGGGAGUGAGGCUGGGCAAGGUGCCCUGUGUGCCUAUUGAGAAGGAGUACGUGAGUGCAGAGAGAAUUGUGUGUCUGCUGAAUGACGCUACAGGCUACAGGGUCCAAGAAGCUCAGGUAGAGGUGUGUGUGAGAGACUGCGUCAAUGACUACAGAGCCCUGUCGCCAAGGCCGUUCACCUUUGUGACUCCAUAUUUCACCCGUAUCCAGCCAUCUCAGGGGCCCAUCUCUGGCGGCACCUGGGUCACCAUUGAGGGAAGCAACCUCAACGCAGGCAGCAACGUGUCCGUCAGCAUAGGACCACAGCCGUGCAAACUGGAAAAGAGGAACGCCCGUGAAAUAGUGUGUGUCACACCAGCUGGAUUAGCACCAGGCAGCUCAUCAGUCUUGGUGGACAUUGACGAUGCUGAGCUGAGAAACCCUGAGGUCAAGUUUAACUACACUGAAGACCCCACUGUCCUGAGGAUUGAACCUGACUGGAGCAUUGCCAGUGGCGGGACUCUGCUGACAGUAAGUGGGACCAACCUCGCAACCAUUCGAGAGCCAAAGAUCAGAGCCAAGUAUGGGCAGGCAGAAUCCUUUCAUAACUGCACAGUGUAUAACAACUCAGUCAUGGUGUGCCUGGCUCCGUCGGUGGCAGAUUCAGAGCUUGGUUUUGCAGAGACCGGCACUGGCCCGGAUGAGAUUGGGUUCUACAUGGACAACGUGAACGCUCUGGUCGUGGUCAACGAGACAUUCAGCUACUACCCUGACCCUGUGUUUGAACCGCUGAGCCCCUCUGGAAUACUGGAGCUCAAACCCACAUCGCCACUUAUUCUUAAGGGUCGUAACUUGAUCCCAGCGGCUCCGGGUAACAGUCGCCUGAACUACACGGUGCUGAUUGGAGAAACUCCCUGCGUCCUCACCCUGUCUGAGAGCCAGCUGCUGUGUGAAUGGCCCAACCUUACCGGACAGCACAAAGUCACGAUCCGUGCUGGAGGGUUUGAGUACUCCCCCGGGACUCUUCACAUCUACUCAGAGAGCCUGCUGACGCUUCCUGCCAUCAUCGGCAUCGGAGGAGGUGGUGGCCUGCUUCUGUUGGUCAUCAUUGCUGUGCUGAUAGCCUACAAGAGGAAGUCAAGGGACGCUGACCGCACCCUGAAACGUCUUCAGCUCCAGAUGGACAACCUGGAGUCCAGAGUGGCCCUGGAGUGUAAAGAAGCUUUCGCUGAGCUUCAGACAGACAUCCAUGAGCUGACCCAGGAGUUGGACGGGGCUGGGAUUCCCUUCUUAGACUAUCGGACUUAUGCAAUGAGGGUCCUGUUCCCUGGGAUUGAGGACCACCCCGUGCUCAAGGAGAUGGAGGUCCAGGCAAAUGUUGAGAAGGCUCUGACGCUGUUUGGCCAGCUGCUGACAAAGAAGCACUUCCUGUUGACGUUCAUACGAACCCUGGAGGCACAGAGGUCAUUUUCAAUGCGCGACAGAGGCAACGUGGCAUCUCUGAUCAUGACGGCCCUGCAGGGUGAGAUGGAGUACGCCACCGGAGUGCUGAAACAGCUGCUGUCCGACCUGAUAGACAGAAACCUGGAGAGCAAAAACCAUCCCAAACUGCUGCUCCGCAGAACGGAGUCUGUUGCUGAGAAAAUGCUGACCAACUGGUUUACGUUUCUCUUGUACAAGUUCCUCAAGGAGUGUGCUGGGGAGCCUCUGUUUAUGCUUUACUGUGCCAUCAAGCAGCAGAUGGAGAAGGGACCCAUAGACGCCAUCACAGGAGAAGCCCGCUACUCCCUCAGUGAGGACAAGCUCAUCAGGCAACAGAUUGACUACAAAACACUGACGCUGCACUGUGUAAACCCAGAGAAUGAGAAUUCCUCCGAGGUGACAGUCAAGUGUCUGAACUGUGACACCAUCACUCAGGUCAAAGAGAAGCUGCUUGAUGCUGUGUACAAGGGCAGCCCCUAUUCACAAAGGCCAAAGGCUUCUGAUAUGGACCUUGAAUGGCGUCAAGGUCGGAUGGCCAGAAUCAUUCUGCAAGAUGAAGAUGUCACAACUAAGAUUGACAACGACUGGAAAAGACUCAACACACUGGCUCAUUAUCAGGUAACAGAUGGUUCAGUCAUCGCUCUGGUGCCAAAGCAGAACUCUGCCUAUAACAUCUCCAACUCCUCCACCUUCACCAAAAGCCUCAGUAGAUACGAGAGUAUGCUGAGGACAGCCAGUAGUCCAGACAGCCUACGAUCCCGAACACCCAUGAUCACCCCUGACCUGGAGAGUGGCACCAAACUGUGGCAUCUGGUGAAGAACCACGACCACUCGGACCAGAGAGAGGGCGACCGAGGCAGCAAGAUGGUCUCUGAGAUCUACCUGACCAGACUGCUGGCUACGAAAGGUACGUUACAGAAGUUUGUGGACGACCUGUUUGAGACCAUCUUCAGCACGGCCCACAGAGGCAGCGCGCUGCCGCUGGCCAUCAAGUACAUGUUCGACUUCCUGGACGAGCAGGCCGACAAGCACUCCAUCACAGACUACGAUGUACGACAUACCUGGAAGAGCAACUGUCUUCCUCUGCGGUUCUGGGUGAACGUGAUCAAGAACCCCCAGUUUGUGUUUGACAUCCAUAAGAACAGUAUCACGGACGCCUGUCUGUCCGUGGUGGCCCAGACCUUCAUGGACUCCUGUUCAACAUCAGAACACAAACUAGGAAAAGACUCACCUUCAAAUAAGCUUCUCUACGCUAAAGACAUCCCCAACUACAAGAACUGGGUGGAGAGGUAUUACUCCGAUAUCUCCCGUAUGCCAGCCAUCAGUGAUCAGGACAUGAGUGCCUACCUAGCAGAGCAGUCCCGUCUGCACCUCAGCCAGUUCAACAGCAUGUCUGCGCUGCACGAGAUCUACUCCUACAUCGUCAAGUACAAAGACGAGAUCCUCUCAGCAUUACAGAAAGACGAACAGUCGCGCAGACAGCGGCUACGCGGCAAACUGGAGCAGGUGAUCGACACGAUGGCCCUAGCUAGCUGAGGACCAGCCAAUCACACGUCUCGGCUAGCGGAGAACUGGCCAACCAACACGCCUUCCCUGACAACCUUUGAUGCCCGUGACAUUUUGACCCUCGACGUUUUGAAGUCUGUCGUCUCACCCUCACAAACAUCAACCAACAGCAGCAGAAAAGACUGCAAGGACACAAGCACCCAGCAGCAGCAGCACACUGGAGAGACAGCAGAGUUUGGAACUAAGGCCCCGCCGGCCGGGUUGGCUUUUUGUUUUUUUGUUUUUUUUUUCCUUUCUGAGCCACCGACCCUUCCAUGAACAACCAAAUCAAACGGACCCUCAGCCUCAACAGAUAAGGACCUCAGCUCAGGAGAGCGUUUAUUUUCAUCAAGGCCCUCAUCACAUCUAGAGUUGUAAGGGAGCAGCAGUUGGGUACUUUGGCCACAAUCAGGAGCGGUACAUGCACAGUGGUGAACAAAAUCUCAUCUAGCUGGAACUGAUACAGAGCUGAAACACUGCAGGAAAGGUACAGGUCACUAGCUAGUAGCUUUCCACAGCCAAGGCCAAUAAAAAUCCAGGAUAUGUUAUCUCAAUACUUGAUCCCUUUCCUUUUUCUGUUGCUGUCUGGCACAUGAAGGUCAGAGGUCAGGGACAGCUACAGAGCAGCAGCCAUGGAGCUGGCAGAGGUUCAGUGUGUUGCUCAGAGACACUGCAGCAACGUGGAUGCUUCGCAGCACGUAGGCUGCUGCCACUGCAGGGCAACCGGGAGGAAGGACUUUGCAGGGAAACUCUUUCUCCACUACUGACUCUCCAACUGUCUAACUACAGGAACUCCACUAUAGUCUAACAAAGGACUUUCUCAGUUUCACAGCUCUGCAUUUGAUUCGUUCUUGCAUUCGAUUCUGUUUUUUCUCCCCCCCAAAACUGCCUACUCUCCCCAGUGCUGUGCCACUUGUGUUACUGCUGAAUUUGCACAACAAAGCUAAAUCAAAAGAGAGAAGAGGAUAUAUGAAUAUAUAUAUAUAGAUAUAUAAAUACAAACCUUUUGUUUUUAAAACAAAUGAAAAGUUGAAAAAAAAAUGUUUUCCAUUUUAAUGUACAAAAGAUACCUUUGAGAAGAGGAUUUGAUAUUUCCGAGAUGAAAAAUAACACAAGGAAAAAGUCGUCCUGUGCCAUGUUUUACUUUGAAUGUUGUUUAGUGCAAAGAGACUUCUUUUCGUUAGAUGAAAUGUGCUAUGAUGAAAAUGUUGUCAUGCUUACUGACUGAAAGUGAGAGUUUAAAAAUAGGUAAAUGGUUAAAAAAAAAAAACUAUAUAAAUAUAUAUAUAUAUAUAUAUAUAUAUAUAAUUACAGACACUUUCUAUAUUGAGGUCUUGGGGGCUGUUGUGUGCUACAUCUUUAGCUCCAUAGGUAGUGAAAAGACAAAUGAUGUCUGGAAGCGACCUGUGAGCCGACCGACCUGCAGUGGUCUUGUGUUUGUUUUGAAGAAACCAAAUACACUAAGGCCUGGUCAGCAGAUUUAGAAGAAACAAAAACGUAAUUUCUGUGGAGGCCGGCCUCAUUGCUCUGUGGUAGCUGACAACUGUUGAGGCAUUAGGCAGUCAUUUAAGAUGAACCCUGGCACACCGUGCUCUGCAACUUCUUGAUCUUGUUUCAUAGACUUCCCCUCUUGUCUGAAACAUUUUAUUAGAUGUGCCAUCGAAAAUGAAAGUUAGUUUUGGUGUGAAACAGAAGAAGGUGAAACUGUGUUGUCUAAUUUUGGCUUGUUUUUUUUAGUCUGCAGUGACUGCGGUAAAAGCUAAAGGUUCCAUUUUUGAAAUGUGAAUGUGGUUUAUGAAGAGAUAAUGAAAUGUAGCUUGAUUUAUGUGAGUGUUUUUGUACCAGUUGAAGGCCUUUUUUUUCAUUCUGUGGUUUUAUAGGGGUAAAAAAAAAAAAGUUAAGUACGUGCUGCUCUACAUUAACUUGCAGUGCUUCGGAAAACGUGCAUUCAUAAACAAGACAUUCCUUCCUCCUUUGACUGUAAAAGGGUUACAAGACUAAUAAAAAAGGCUAGAAAAAUACAGAAAAAAAGAUUGAGAGAUGUUAAACAAACCAGGGUAAUAUGUGCUUUAUGCUGUCACCCAUCCUGUAAGAAGCAGAGGAGACACAUCAACAGCCAGAUCAGACGGAUCUCUGUUUGUUUGUUCUGACAACAUAGAAAAAAGUGAUGAAAAAAAAAUAGGUUACAAUGCAUCAGAUGCAGCUUUCAGAACAAUACCACUUUAAAGGAAAGAGUUACCAAUGCCUUGAAGUCUUUUUCUUUAUCUUCCUCUUCAGCAGUGCUUCCCUCAGAUUUCUUUUCCUGCGGUAGAGUGGUAAGGCCUCUAACCAGUUGACACUAGAGUCUUCAGUCCACUUCACAUGGCAUAGAGCUAAGAGCUAUUAAGCUACAUCGGGAACUUUGCAGAUCAGGGACGUUGUGAAAGGCCUGGUAGGUUUAUUUAACACUGGAAGUUGCUGUAAUGCUUUGAGUUAUCUUUUCAGCUGGACAACAAGCCUUCACCAAGACAGUUUGACAAGAGGAAACAAAGAGAUGGCAGUUAUAACUUUCUUUCUUUGUUUUUUCUUUCUUGGUGAUGGAUCAUUACGAUUGCAGUGAGUGCUGCUCUUCAGUACAGUCCAGUGGAGCGAAGCGAAACUCUCAAGCUUUCCGACACAGUAGCAGUCCAUCUGCAAUGAGACCUGCUGACACUAGUGUUCUCAUUCUCAGACAAAUCUGUAUUGGAAAAGAUGCCAGUUUAAAGCUAUCACACACUUAGACAUUUCUCUGAUGGGACAUGAUCAUUAAAAUGAAAUUAUUUAUUCUUAGUUUAAGUUCUUAGUUUCUUAGUUUAGUUUAGUUUUGAAUUGUAAUUGAAAGUGCAGUAAACAGCAUGGUUUGUGAUGCUCCAACAUUAGUGUCACAGUUUUUAAACUAAGGAUGAACAUCUACAAUCAAGGGUGGUUUCAAAAAAAAUAUCAGUUCAAAGUAAUGGAGUUGGCCUGAAGUAAUUGUAUAUGUGUGUCCCACAAGUUUAAUACAUGUUCAGGUUGUAGUGACUAAAUCAAAGACCAUCAGACUAAGUGUGUUAGAAACGCUUAAAAAGCACCAGAUGGACUACUAACUGACAGAUCCCAUGUGAUAAUUGUUCAGUCACAGCUGUUUUACAGGAUGAAAUGAAAGUGUGAUAUUGCCUUUGGUGUAAUUGGUUUUCAGUCACUCACAUUUGUGGUAAAUUUAUGCUUUAGACCCUUUGGAUUGUAUCUUUUGAGCAGCAAUUCCUCCAAUCUAAUCCACAUGCUUUAAAAAGCUGGAAAAUAAUAAUGAAGUCUUUAUAAGAAUGAGUUUGAAAUAACCUGAGUUAUCAUUUCAUGUGACAGUAAGGCACCGGUAGGUACUAGCCACAUCAUGUUAGCUGCUGCAGAUGUGGUGAGUACCUAGCUGAUAUAAUCUAAUCUAAAAGUUGAUCAGAAUGAUUAAUGAAUCAAAGGACAUUUACCAGCUAUACCACCAUAGAAAUGAACAAUAUAUAUUCCCUACAGCUGGGACGUCAUGUUUGAACUAUAAAAAUGUAAUCCAUUCCCUGACAGGAAGUAACACACACGUUUUUUGUAAAUUCUUUAGCCAACUCCACUUUUGUCUGCAUCCUUUAACACUGACAGGACGGUAACUAUUUUUUCAAAUACAAUUACCAAACCUGUAUCAACCCUCGUGGCACCAAACCAAACAUUGCUGUUGUCAUGUGAAAACUCUUGAUUCCAACAAACGUACAUUACCCUUAGAUAGAUUAAGAUGUUUUAUGAAACCCUUUAAAAAUCCAGUGUACAUUUUAUUGUAGUUCAAACUAAGAUGCCAUGUUUCCAUGUGAGAGCAUAAACGUGUUUGGACCGAAUGAAACGUACUGUAUGUGCUUUGAUACUUGAACCACUGAUCUACACAGGGUAAAACAACAUACAGGGCGGCUGACCAAAGCUUUCUUCAUCUACAUCAGGAGAACAACUCUGUGACAAGAGAUUAUCUUUGAUCCAUCUGCUUUUCAGUUCUUCCACAAAGGGACUUUAACACUCAGUUAGUCAUUUAAAACCCCUCGCUGAAGGUAUUUAGUGUUUGUCUUUAUGCUUGAUGAAUGGUGAAAUUGAGACGACGUUACUUCCAUGUACAGGCACUCAUUUAUACAUUUUGUUCAAUUUAAAUGAAUGGCUUAUACCGUCUGAGGACGUGGACCACUGCGUUGAUGUUUGACUGCUAUUCACUCGCUCAAUUGUUCUUUUGAUGAAGACUUGUAAAGAUGAUUUUAGUGAUGUGGAAAGAGUAAUGAGGCUUAGUUAGUAAGCCUCAUGGAGUACUUUGUAGGGUUUUAAAAAGAGAAGAAAAAGGUCAGAAAGAUGGCAGGAUAAGCCCCACUGGUGCUUUUGUUUCUUAGCUUUGCUUCUUGUUUUCUGCUUCACCACUUGUUGGGGUAAAAGAUGAAAAGACUUGGGCAAGGCAGAGGAAGUGCUUUGAAGGCCGUGGUACCGCUUCAUUUUCCAUUCCUUUGCAUCUUUGGCGUUUGGUUUUUCCACACAGAAAAAGACAGUGAUGAAGGAGGGAGAAAAAGGUGGAGGGAGAGAUUCUCUCAGCAAUUGACCGACGCAGAGCUGUUCCCCGUGCCUUGUCUCUUCCCAUACUGAAAGUUAUGUAUUUUUUACAUUUACUUAAGAGUGUGAUUCAAGGUAGGUGUUAAAAAUUGGCCAUAGAAAUAUAUUUAAAUGUACAUUUUGACAACAGUUAUUUUAAACUCAUAGUAGGAGUAUGGCUUAAGGCGUAUUUUGUGAAUUUGUGAAAUGUUCUCAUUAGCUUUCUUUCUGAGGGUGAAAUGAGGAGACUGAUAGCUAUUUCUUGUCUGUGUGCUAAGUACAGAGCUGGAGUCAAGAUGUGUUUAGCCUAGCUUAGCAUAAAAUAUGUAAGAGCUUGCCUGGUUCUGUCUGUAAUAGUGAUGUUAUGUCCACGAGUGAUCUGAUUCUUUUCAGCAGCUUUUGUGAUAUGAGCAGUGGGAAGUCAUGAGUCGUGCUUGGUGUCUUUACAACGGACUGGGAAAGAAAUUGAGCCCUGGACUUAUCGGCUGUGACCUACCCGGCCCUAUUGAAACUUGGUUGGAUUUUUUUUUUCCUUCAGGCAAAGCCAGGCUAGCUGGUCAGCUAGCUAAUUAACACAAUACAUCUUGUGCAUUUAACCUUUAAACACAGCCAGAAAUCUCGCGGUUCGUCCCUGCUUCUAGUCUUUCCACUAAGCUAACCAUAUCCUGGUUCUAGCUUCAUUACAUAAGAGUGGUAUCAGUCUUCUCAUCUGACUCUCAAUAAGACAGUGAAUAAGGACAUUUCCCAAAUGUCAAACUAUUUCUCAGAAAAUGUUUUCAGCAGCCGACAUUUUUUUUUUCUUUUGUUACAUUCUGAACCUAUUCUUUAAAUUUAUUCUGAAGUUUAUCAGAAAUGUACUUAUUUUUUGAUAUGGGCUGCACCCACAGACGUGACACCACCUCAGACCCAUACAGGCGCACCACCACACAACCUUAAUACACCCCCCUUUCAUCUGCCAUGUUUGAUUUGAUCCCCCUCAACAGCAACACUCACGGGUUUUUCUUCCCUGCAGUUCCAACUCUUCAGCUUCCUCACCUGCUGAGUUCACUUUGAUUAAAGUACAUUUCAGAGAAGGAGUAUAGGAUGUAAAAUACCUUCACACACAGAUUAAAGAGGAGAGAGGUAGAAAUACCUAAAAAAAAAAUACCUUAAAGAGUUUUAAUACUUUAUGAAUUCUGAUACCUUUUUAAGAGUUUCAGACUUGAAGCUGCUGUGACAGGUUUUGGCUGUUUCACGCCCGUGUAAAUAUCCUGCUCUUUCCUAUUUUGCAGAUUUAUUACGUGUAAAUAGA